UAUUUUUAUUUUUUUAUUUGUUUCUACAAUUAAUUUUUUUAUUAUUUGCUUUGCUUUUUCUGAAUGUGUUUUGUUUAUUUUUCACUGCUUGAAAUAAUCAAAUUAUCUUGUAAAAACAAACGAUGUUAUCGUUUGUAGUCUGUGGGAACUUUCAAAUGGCUUUUAUGCUUUGUGGCUUUACAGAUUAUUGCUGAAUAUCCAAAAAAAUUUCCGUUUUAUCUCAUCUCUGUUGGCAAAUUAUAAUUACAAUGGAUGUGAUAAAGGAGCAAAUAUCAAUAACACUGAUGCUCAUGGAUCUAUAUCAUGUAUAUCUGAUUGACUCGAUUGUCAAAUGAUGUCUCACUUAUUGAUAGUAUUGAUAAUCUUAGAGGGUUUGGUGUGACGAUAGAUGGCUAUCUUAUGGACGACUUGGUGCUGCUCUUGACUGAAUUGACUGUUAGAUUUACAUUUGUUCAUUCAGACUGUAUUCAACCACUACCAGGGCGAAGAUUAAUAUCAGCAAAAUAUCUUAAUUCGAUGGGUGAAUAACCAGUUGGUGGAAUCAAGUACAAUCAUGCUUAUCGGUAUAUUCCAGAUUAUUUUUACUAUGGUGAACAUAUUCAUAGAAAUCUAGAAAAUUAUCGCAAAUAAGAUCGAUAAUCUUAUAGUAAUAAAAGCCAGAUGAGAAUCGAAAAUGUCAAAAGAAAAUUGAAAUGGAAAAAGGUUAACCUUUCUAAAUGAUGGCAAAUCAUUUGACUUGCUCACUCAACUAUCUUGGCCUUACGAGUUUACUUUAUUUCAUUUGCCUUUUUCAUGGUUCGAAAUAAAAUCAAAGGCAAAUCCAUUUUAAAAUAAUCUGAGAAAAUGAUGCUUUUAAGAUUAAAUUUAUUGGGAAAAGCAGAAACAAAGCAAAGGAAAAAAGAGGACCAAUUCCAUCAAUUUACCUGAGCUUUUAGUCGUUUAUUUUUUUUUACUUGUUUGUUUUGUUGGACCAGCUAAAAGAUCUAAAAGCAACGAAAAAUCAAAAUAACGUUCAAUAAAUUAUUAGCAUCAUCAUCAUCAUGGUAUUUAUUGUAGGAAACAAAGACAAAUCAAAUCAAGACUAAACAAACCACAAAUACCGUUAUUGACUUAAAAAAUGUCUUAACUUUAUCAUCCACAUUAAAUCGGAUUCGUUGCUGAUGCAUAACCGAUGGAAUCUAUUUUAGGUAAAAAAAGGUAAAACAAGACAACCCAAGUUCAACAUGAAAUGGAUAUAAGUUAAAUUUCGGAUCAUUCUGGAGCCUCAAACCUCAUUGAUUGUUCAAGUGGAAAACAACAGCGGAAUUUUUUAGUUUCACUUUUGGUAUCUAGUUUUAAAACGAAAUAAAAUUGGAACCCUAACCAUUGCUCUGUUGGAUCAUGUUAUCAAUCUAUUUGGCCCUCUUUUCAACUUUAAUUGGACUUUCAGUUUCUUCAUCUAAUUUAUACAACAACUUAAUCGGUGAAUUUUACCCUGAUAAUCAUCACUCACUACCACUCUAUCAGCCACAAUUACCAUCGUCCUCUUCAUCCGCUUUAUCAUCUGAAUAUGAUACGCUUAUUCCUUAUACUUCUUAUCAACUUAGUCCUGGUUCAAGCGGUUUGGUCCCUUGGCUUUACUACUCCAACUAUCGGACUCCUCGACGAGACAACAAACCCUCAUAUGGUUUCUCAAAUGAUAUCUCAUCUUUAUCUUCCUCGGCGUCAUCACAAUCCUCAUCUUCCCCAAGAUCACAAUCAGAGGCUAAAUCAUUAAUGGAUGAUAAAAGAUCAGCAACAAGUGGCAAUAUUGGUUCUCCAGUUGAUAUGAUUUUUGGUAAAAAAAGUGAGAAACCUUUUCGCACUUGGGGAGGAAGAUGAGCUAUAUUGAAACAAGUCCAAGUCCAGCUCGAAAUAUUUAACAAACAAUAUCCAAAAUAAUCAUUAAACCAAUUCUGGUAAAAAAUUAACGAUCAAAUAAUGUAAUUGAAAUUGAAAUACAUAUCCAACUUAUUUCUGGUCUCAUCUUAUUUUUUGCUUCCUCUCAACUUCCCUUUUUCUUGUUAAUUGAUCUCAUUAUUUAAUAAUAUACCAACAAUAAAUAAGCCUAUUUCUUGGAUUCACCUUCUCAUUUAUCAUUAAAUUGAUUGUAAACGGAUAAAUCAUGAUUCUAAUUUAUGGUGAGAUUUCAACAAUCCUUGUGAGUUAAGAAAAUCAAAUUUGAAAAUAAAUUAUCAUUGCUUCCAUUAAA